AGCCCCGCGCCGCGCCCGAGCCCGCCUGCGCGCCCCGCCGGGCCCGGCCGCGCGAUGCCCUCGGACCGGCCUUUCAAGCAGCGGCGGAGCUUCGCCGACCGCUGCAAGGAGGUGCAGCAGAUCCGCGACCAGCACCCCAGCAAGAUCCCGGUGAUCAUCGAGCGCUACAAGGGGGAGAAGCAGCUGCCCGUGCUGGACAAGACCAAGUUCCUGGUCCCGGACCACGUCAACAUGAGCGAGCUGGUCAAGAUCAUCCGGCGCCGCCUGCAGCUCAACCCCACGCAGGCCUUCUUCCUGCUGGUCAACCAGCACAGCAUGGUGAGCGUGUCCACGCCCAUCGCCGACAUCUAUGAGCAGGAGAAGGACGACGACGGCUUCCUCUACAUGGUCUAUGCCUCCCAGGAGACCUUCGGGUUCUGAGCCAGAGGCCCCUGCCUGUCUGCCCACCUGCCCUCCCCCACCUGAGGCGCUGCCCCUGCCUGGACCCCUAAUCCUUUUUCCCCAGAACUGGCCCUGGCUCUCCUGUCCUGACAUGCUGUAUGGAUCUGGGCCUCUGGCCCUCUGCAGAAUAAAGACCACUCAGGCCUGCCUGGC